AUGUCUCUCGUCGAGCUGUCACGUCCUGCCACCCUCCCCGCCGCCUCCAUUCCAGACAACCACACCGCGUCACAGCUCCAAUCCACUUAUAACUCGUCUACUUGCAGUUCGCCUCGUCCUCGUUCACUUUCAUUGUCUAUUGAACAAGCUAUGACUCCUACUGCUACAACCACAACUACCAACAGUCCAGUCAUUGGCGACAUCAGCGACGACAUGCUUUCAAUACACUCCACCAAGAGCGAGUCCUUCGUGUCCGCCACCACCAGUGCACCUGCUCUACCCGAGAAAAGCGCUCUGCGAGUCUCGAGGCUCCUCGCCACCCUCCCGCAGAAGCUGCCUGAGGACCGCCCUGUCCUCACCCACGCUGCGCCUCACCUCGUCUACCUGUCGUCCGAGGAAGACGGCUCGUCAUCAGCCGACGACCUCUCCGACCUCGACUCCUUUGACUCGGACAGCGAAGAGUCUCUCGACGGCUUCGCCUCCCGGGGCGAGUUUGCCCGCGCCGUCUCCGUUGUCUUCUCAGGCAAGCCCUCGGUGGUCAAUCUCACCGGCCGCAGCACCUCGCUUACAUCGCUUCGACGCACCUCGACCGACUCUUCCCUGCGUUUGACCACAACCGAGCCCGUGCUCGGCCGCAUGCGUUCUACCUCUGCCACCUCCUCCACCACCAGCCUUAGCCACCCGCCUCGGUCAAGCAGCAUGACCAUGAGCGCGGACAAGCGCCGCCCGAAGUUCCUCAACGUCGACCCUUUUGCCGCCAGCAAGGACGACGCGGAGAGCCUCAAGGCACCCAAGACGCCGACCGCCAUGUUCUCUCGCGCCUUUAGCAGUCUGGUCAAGAAGCGAAGCCGCCCUACGCUGACUCCCGUCACCCGUGAGGACCUGGUCCGCAUGGAGCAGGUUGGCGAAGAGACUGCCGAAGAUGACGAGUCCGUCUCGCCCAAGUCGACGCAGGCUGGACCCAUCAAGUACCAGGAUAUCGUGACCACCGCCAAGAAGAACGCCCAGCAGCCCACACCUUCGCCCGCCACGCCCACAUCACCAAACGGUGGUAAGAAUGGCAUCCGCGGCUUUUCGUUAAGCCGACGGAUGAGCGUUCGCGCAUGA